AUAUUAUGUUAGCCUAGCGGAAAAAGAGAGAACGCUUUAAAAGUUAAACAAGGUCAACAGGCAAGGCAACAGGAACACAGCUGUACAACAAUAAUUGAUACCGUAUGCACUGAAUUUUCGGGCGAAUUUUAAAGUAGUUUAUCACUACCCUGAACUGGAAAUUGCAUGUGAGGAGAAUGUGUGAGUGGUAUUAGCAAGGUUACAAUGGCAGAUCGGCCAGAAUCAAUUCUACAAUUAUUUGGAAAUAAAACACAUUCGCUGAAACUUGGGAAAAGUUUUGAAAAAUCAUCAGGAGAAGUCUAUCACAAAUUGAAGUAUGACUUUAAACCAGCCUCGAUUGAUUGCUCUCAGGAAGCUAGUCUACAAGUGGAAGAAAGCAAUAAAGUGACAGUAACACUUAACAAUUUUGAGGGUUCAGUGACUAGUCACACUCUAUAUCAAGGUUCUAAAGCCCCCAAUCCAAAAGAGUGUGUACUGAUAUUUGAUCAUGCUACCGGACAGUUUACAUUAGAAAGGUUAAGCAGUAGUAUUACGGUCAAGAAACAAAGGAUUGAUGGCACUAGCAAAGCACACCUGUACCCAAGACAAAGAGUACCGCCUGUUGGUCCCACUAAAUCAUCCUCAAAGAAGAAAGAUAAAAAAGAUGUUACAAGUCAACAGAUAUCAAAGGAAGAUGUAGAAAAAGUUGAAGCAGCAUUAGCAAGAUGUUCACCGAUACCAGUUAAACAAGUAUCCACCGAAUCCAUGGCAAGCAGUGGUUCAAGUAGCGCUGAAUCAUCAGACAGUAGCAGUGAAUCUGAAGAAAGUGGCGAUGAAUGUGCCGCUAAGACGCCACCGCGAGAAUCACUGCCACCUGCUUCGAAGAAGCCAAAAUUGUCACUAAGUGGCAGCCCAAAAGGGUCAAGUUCCGUACACAAUUCAAGGCAAGUAAACUCAUCGAAUACCAUACUGAUGGACCAACUAUGUGAGGAUUUGCAAUUAAGCGAGUCGAGUAGUGACAGCGACUGAGACUCAAGACGUUGCAGGGACUAAAUCUUGCAGAAUUGACAGCCAGUAUGUACAGUUUGCCAAGACCUAGCACAGUUACAUCAUGGACCAUAGUAACAUGAUCUAUAUGUAAAAAACACAACUUAUUAAGCUAAAGAUUGAAUCUAAAUGCUAAUAGUAACAGUGAACAAGUCUACAUACAACAGUAGUCAGUUAAUAAAUUUACAAGUCAGCUUUUUAGCUUUAACAUA